AUGGAGAAAUCACUUAACCCUAUUCACACACUCACUCGACUUCUUGGCUAUCUUCUCAUUAAAUUAGGUCUACAAUUUCUUCAAAAUGUCCAUGCCUUCACGUACAAAGAAUUGAAAGUCGCCACCAAUGAUUUCCAUCCUUCCAAUAAAAUUGGUGAAGGUGGAUUUGGAUCUGUUUAUAAGGGAAGACUUAACGACGGAGUAGAUGUGGCUGUGAAAGUGCUUUCAGCUGAAUCAAAGCAAGGAGACAGGGAGUUCAUGUCUGAGCUAGCAUCACUCUCCAACAUUUGCCAUCAAAACCUGGUCAAGAUGCGCGGUGGCUGCAUCGAAGGCCGCCGUCGAAUUCUUGUUUAUGAUUACAUGGAGCACAACAGCCUCGCUCACAUGUUGCUAGGUGAGGAGAAAAUUAGGUCAAAAUUGAAUUGGAGGGUACGGCGAGAAAUUUGUCUAGGAAUUGCUAGGGGGCUUGCUUACAUUCACGAGGAGGUAAAACCGCACAUUGUGCACAGAGAUAUCAAAGCCAGCAACAUACUUUUGGAGAAGAACUUUCAUCCAAGAAUCUCAGACUUUGGACUGUCAAAACUAUUCCCAGAAAACAUUACUCACAUCAGUACACGAGUGGCUGGAACAUUAGGCUAUCUUGCUCCGGAAUAUGCCAUUUCUGGAAACCUAACCCGAAAGUCAGACGUAUACAGUUUUGGAGUGUUGAUUUUACAAAUAGUCAGUGGAAGAUCUGCAGUUGACUUUGAUCUAGAACUUGGAGAACAUUAUCUUGUCCAAAAGGCAUGGGAAAUGUACAAGAGCAAGAGGCUUGUGGAUCUGGUGGACUCUAGACUUGAAGUUGAUGGAAACUUUUCAGAAAAAGAAGCCAUCGAGUUCUUAAAGUUGGGUCUGCUUUGCGUACAAGAGAAAUGCAGCCUCCGGCCCCGCAUGUCGACAGCCAUUAAGCUCAUGACGAUGAUGAACAUGAAGGAUGAGAUGAACAUGAAUUUGUUUGUGAACGUGGAAAUUUGUGAGCCAGGAGUUAUUACUGAUAAGAUGGACCUAAAAAUAGCCCACAGGACUGAUAGAAGCUCACCACUUAGCAUCUCCACCAUGCCAAGCCCCCAACCUUACCCUUUCAGAAUCUAAAUUAUUAUUAUUAUUAUUAAUUAACGUAGAGUUAGAAGCCUAGCAACUACGGAAGUAGUGGUGCAAAAUUUGUCAUAUAGUCAUGAAGAAUAUCUAUGAUAAUAAAAUCUCACAUUUCGUAACACGAUAUAAUUAGGUAUGUGAAUUCAGGGGAUUCCGAGCCUCUACAUUUAGAUCACACAUUUUAGAACCAAAAAAGAAGAAAUUUGUUCAAAUUCCGGGUCUUACAACAUAAACAUCUUAUAUUGUGAGAUAGCUGGAGAGAUCAUAUACAUUAUUUCUCCCAUAUAUGUGAAGCUAGAUCAUAGAAUGUUUAAUUUUUCAAUUACUGUUAGCAAUAUAUCAGUUCCAUUAAAAUGGUCAUAUGAUAUAUUAUUUCUCAGCUAGAAUAUCAUUUGAAAUUCAAUCAGAUAUAUUGGGAAAGAAUCUAUUCCUGAGACACUUGGAGUGUACAAUCUAUACAUAUAACCCAGAAGGUAGCUUAGGUGGGACCUCACUUACACUAGCUAGCUGGUACAUAUUCAUGC